AUGAUGGACUACACGAAAGCGAGACAUCGCUACUUCCCUAGGAACGUAAGGUAUACUAGGAUACAAGUUGUCUUGGUUAAGCUCAACGAUAUCAGUAAGGAGUCCUUAGAUGUCGUGGCAAAAGAGAUAAAAUGUCAAGGAUGCAUUAGAUGCGACAUUUUAUCAAACCGCGUAACCAUGUCUGCAUGUAACUCAAACAACAACCAAUUCUCUUUACGCUCAAUUCUCGACAAGGAGAAGUUGAGCGGGCCAAACUUUCUUGAUUGGCAAACAAAUUUGCGCAUUGUACUAAUGCAAGAGCAAAAGGAAUAUGUCCUUGAUGAGGAAAUGCCCGACGCUCCCAAUGAGGAGGUCACUCAGGCUAUUCUUAACCGAUGGCAAAGUGCCAAUCGGGAUGUCAAAUGCAUCAUGUUGGCCACUAUGUCUCCGGACCUUCAAAAGACUUUCUUUGAAAAGGAGACGGCUUUUGAGAUCAUUUCUGAACUUCAGAAUAUGUUUCAAGAGCAGGCCCGAACUGAAAGGUUUAAAAACCACAGGCAGAUCCUUGAGAGCAAGCUCAAGAAAGGAGAGCUAGUCAGCCCGCAUGUCCUCAAAAUGAUUGGAUUGUUUGAGAACAUGGAAAGGCUUGAUGCUACGUAUUCAACCGAUAUGGAAAUCGACAUCAUUCUCCACUCACUUCACAAAGGCUAUGAUCAGUUCAAAAUGAACUAUAAUAUGCAUAGUAUGGAGAAAACCCUCACCGAGCUUCAUGGUAUGUUGAAGCAAGCCGAGCAAACCCUCAAGGAUGAGGGCAAGCAUGACAUGCUCAUGGUGAGGAAGGGAAGUCCAUUCAAACGUUCGGGGAAAAAGAAGAGCUUUAAAGGGAAAAAGAAGAAGUUCCCGUCUAAGUCAAACUCAGCCAACGGCAGCAAGGACAAAAAGGACAACAUCGUGGGUAUUAGAUACCGGAUAAAUAGGAGGCUAGAGAAGGGAGAGGUCGAACUUCGGGUCGGCAAUGGAGCAAGGAUGUUUGCCGUCUCCGUUGGAGCUCUCAGUUUGUCUUUGCCCUCAGGGCUUAUUCUAGAACUUGAAAACUGCUAUCAUGUUCCAAGAGUGACCAAAAACAUUAUUUCAAUAUCGGCGUUGGACGCCAAAGGAUUCAAAUGUCGAAUCAAAAACAAUAGUUGUAUUAUUUAUUUUGAUAAUGUUUUAUAUGGUAAGGCACAUUCAGAAAAUGGUCUUUAUGUGCAUUCUCUAGACAAAAAGGUUUAUAACAUCGAUAAUACUGCCAAAAGGGCUAAGACCAUUGAGUCAAAUCAAACCUACUUGUGGCAUUGUCGUCUUAUCCAUAUUAACAUCAAACGCAUCAAGAAACUUUUUCAAGAAGGUGUUCUUGACUCAUUUGACUUAGAGUCGUUUGAAAAUUGCAAAGGAUGUCUAUUAGGCAAGAUGAUAAAACAACCAAUCUCCAAGUUGGGAGAAAGGGCAAGUGACUUAUUAGGUCUAAUACACACGGAUGUAUGUGGACAAUUGAGUACACCUGCAAGACAAGGUUACCGAUAUUUCAUCACCUUCACCGACGAUUUUAGUAGAUAUGGCUAUAUCUACUUAAUGUCGAAUAAAUCUGAAUCCUUUGAGAAAUUCAAAGAAUUUGAGUAA